CAAAGGAGGCGGGACCUUUGGCAGUGGCAGAGGAAAAUGGAGGGGUUAUUUGGGAAGAGAAGAUAAUGAGUUUUUUGUGCCUCAGUGACUCAGCAAAAGUUGUAACGGAAAACCAGCUGCCUGACUGGCCGUAUAUGUCACCUGGUCCACCUGCGCCAACACUAGAGCGCGAUCCGCUGUGCUCACAGGUCUGUGUGAGUGCGAUCUGCUACAGACGCCGCUGCGGAAAAGGUCAUGCCAGGAACCGUACUGCUCGCUGCCUUCCUCCUUCAGCUUCCUCCACUCGCAUCGAGCUACCCCACGGGUGCUCCGGCAUCUGCCUGUGCGGACAUGAUUCCUCGCCACGGCGGGGUGCAAGCCCAGCCCGUCCCGGCCCCCUACACCAUAUACAUCAGCAACCACACCUUUCGCGUCGACGAGCCGGUCACAGUGACCAUCAAGGGACCCAACUACACGGGGCUGCUGUUACGGGCUCAGAGUGGCAGCCGUGCCGAAGCCUUGGGGACCUGGCAGCCGCCCCCGGCUAAUACCAAAUAUCUACACGCAAGUAGACCUUUGCCAAAUAAUCGGUCUAGGCCGAACGGGGCCCGAUACUCUAAUACUAGCAGUUUAAUCACGGCACCAAUUUCACGUGUUUUGCAGUGUUCAGGUAACGCUCACGGAGCCAUCACCCACUCCAACAUCGACAUCAAAGACAACAACACCUUGUACACCUGGAUUCCUCCCAGAGGAGUGGACCACAUCCACUUUGUAGCCACAGUGGCUCAGGAAAAGACAGUUUUCUGGGUGAACAUAAAGUCAGAAUCACUGACCAGAGAAGCCACGGGCCUUCCUGACGGAAGCCCCCCGCUACAGCACUGGGGGGUCCUAUGCAUCCUCCUGCCCAUACUCCUGUUAACUCUGCUGAGCUACAGCUAACUGCUCAAGCUCAGGGAUACCAAGGCUGGACCUCAGCACUCCGACUGAAAAGAAACUUUCUUUCUGCAAUUCUGUGGACACACUGUAGGACAACAAAGCAGCCAUUGUUACAUAGAAGCAUUUUGCUUUGUUGAAAUUAUUCAUCUUUUAGCAUUAUUCUGCGGAUGUUUCUCAGCUUGUACUGUAUAUAAAUACAUUUGUUAACUUAGCAGUUUAUAACAAUUGAAAUGGUUAAUUAUCUUACGUAAUAUAAAUCUAGAUCUGGAAUAAAAAAAUGUAAAAUAUGGAAAUAUUGCAGAUGUUUCUUUUUAUUAUUUUCAGAUUUGGCUAUUAGUCUAUAGCGUCGCUUAGGUUUGGAAACUUUGCUGUUGGAGGGUCUCAUCUUCUGUGUACGGAUGAAAAGAGAGAUUCUACCAGAAGAGGCCGGUGGCUAAGAAAUUGAGAAAAUAAGAAAAUAGCACAUUUUCCAAUAUUUCAAGAGUGAUUUUGUUCCAAAGUAGAGAAAAAACAUGGGUCUGAAUGACAAUUAAA